CCACACUGCUGCCGGGGCGCGGGCGCAACCGGCCGCCCCGGCGGGAUUCAAUUUCCGGGCCACGCCGCUGCCGGUCGUCGCCUUCGGCGGUAGAAAACGUGGACUUUCUUCCUCGCGGGGGGAGGGGUGGGGUGGGUGCGGCACGCCUGGCGAUCUGCAUCUGACUGACCGCGCGCGUAGCCACAGGAGCGAGCGAGAGAGCAACAGCGACAGCGGAGCCAGCGAGCCGCGGGGGCGCGGCGGACCGGGUAAAAGCGCCGGGCCUCGGCCGCCUGCUCCGCCUUCGCUUCGCUUCCCUUCCCUUCGCUUCCCCCCUGUCCACGCAGUCGGCCUGACCUCAGCCAGGCGGCGUCGGCGCGUCGACGGUGCCUGGGCGGAGCGCUGGGGCGCCACCGCGGGGGAGGAGGAGAAAGGAGGAGGCAAGGAGCCCAGAGCUUCGGCUGUCCGCGCUUUUGCUGCCUGCGCUGCGGGGCUGACGGCUCCCCGCCUCUCCGUCCACCAGACUGUGGCGACCGAGUAGGCGGACUUCGUCCUCGUCAUCUCUCCGCAGCAAGGAGCAUAAAUUGGAACUGGUUUCGGAUACACGUCUGGAGGAGGCCUCGGCAUCUGGAGCAUGGGGAGUUCGGUCGGCUGCUUGGGAGGCCGCUCCAAGUCUAGGCAAGGUCAGAAUGGUCAGGCCGCCGCAUCUACGUCUCCUCGUUCAGGUCGUGUAAGAGCUGGAAAUAAUGUACAAGUUUUCUCUCUAAACGAGUUGAAGACUGCCACACGAAACUUUCACAUGCUGAAUUGCGUUGGGCGUGGAGGUUUUGGAGCAGUGUAUAAAGGAAACCUGAAAGAUGGCACUCAAGUCGCAAUAAAAACGCUUUCAGCUGAGUCAAAACAAGGAAUUAACGAAUUCUUGACAGAGAUUAAUGUCAUAUCAAACGUCAGGCACCCAAACCUUGUCAAGCUACUUGGUUGCUGUGUUGAAGGAAAAAACAGAUUAUUGGUGUAUGAGUAUGCGGAGAAUAACAGUUUGGCAAAUGCUUUGCUUGGACCAAAGAAUAAAUGCAUUCCAUUGGACUGGGAGAAAAGGGCUGCUAUCUGUAUUGGAACUGCUUCUGGCCUUGCGUUUCUUCACGAGGAAGCACAACCGCGCAUUGUCCACCGUGAUAUCAAGGCUAGCAACAUAUUACUUGAUAAAAGGCUUCUGCCUAAAAUUGGAGAUUUUGGACUGGCCAAGCUUUUUCCUGAUACUAUCACUCACAUUAGCACGCGUGUUGCAGGAACAAUGGGCUAUUUAGCACCUGAGUAUGCCUUAUUGGGACAAUUAACCAAGAAAGCAGACAUAUAUAGUUUUGGGGUGCUUCUUCUUGAAGUUAUAAGCGGUCAAAGCAGCAGCAAGUCAACUUGGGGGCCUGAUAUGCAUGUCCUUUUGGAAUGGACAUGGAAACUGCGGGAAGAAGAAAGGCUCUUGGAAAUUGUUGAUCCAGAUCUGGAGAAGUACCCAGAGGAGCAAAUGCUCCGUUUCAUCAAGGUGGCACUGCUGUGUACACAAGCCACGUCUCAGCAAAGGCCAUCCAUGAAGCAGGUUGUCAAUAUGUUAUCUAACCAGACGGAGAUCAAUCUGCAAAAUGUGGUUCCCCCAGGUGUGCUGAAAGAACCACGCCCGCGUACCGGAGGCUUUGGGGGUUUGGCAGUAGACACAUCCUCAAGCCAAAGUACCAAAUGCAAUCCAGCUGAAUCUUACAGUACACAGACGAACAUGAAUAGUGGUCAGUUUAGCACAACUGAGGUAUCACCAAGGUGAUGCAAUGGACUGUCAACCAGCAAGUUUGUAUAGAAUUUUCAGAGGUUUCUUGAACCAUCCAUGAGGUUUCACUGUGCUGAAAGGCCUGAUCCAUUUUCAUCCUGAUUUAGAACUACAUAGGAUGUGAGGGCCGUUGUGAAUUGCUGAUGUACAGGAAUUGUAGUACCCCCCCCCCCCCCUCUUGCGGAGGAAUUGUAGUUCAAUUUAACAAUUGCAUUCUGUUUCUUUAAAGCCCGCUGUAGGGAUACAGUGCAAAGAGUGCGAGAGGAGUGCAUUAUAGACUACAAAAAUUGCACUCGGAAUAUAAGCAAGAAAGUUGUGAAGAAGAGUUACUUUUUUUAAAAAAAGAUUUGAAUAAGAGUUACAAGAUAUUAAUGUUCCAUA